UAGUUCGUUCGCUCUACUGCGAGUUGCAGUAUAAAGCGCAGAGAGAGAGAGAGAGAGAGAGAGAGCUUUGUAAUCCAAAAGGAAGAGGAAGAUGAUGAUGGCUUAACAAAGAAAAGAAAAGGGAGAAAAAGCAAACCCAAACCAAUUCUGAGAUUCAACUUUCCUUCCAUCUCUCUUUCUUUCUGUCAUAGUUUCUCUUCCCAUCUUGUCGCCGAAUCCCUACUCUUUUCUUUCUCCUCAAUCUCUGGUUCUUCUUGAUGGCGGAAAUCGGGGUUUUAAUGGCGGAGAAUUGAUCUUUCGGCUUCGAUUUUUGUUAUUCUUUGAGGAGAAAGGGAGGAGAGAGAAACUAUGGAAGGUGCAUUGCCGUUCUCGGUAGCGUCGGUGGUGGAAGAUGUUCUUCAGCAGCACGGUACUCGAUCCAGAGUUCUUGAUUUGGACUCCCGCCGAGCAGAGGAAGCCGCAACAAGGCGGUACGAAGCAGCUGGGUGGUUAAGGAAGAUGGUGGGAGUUGUUGGAGCAAAAGAUUUGCCGGCAGAGCCUUCAGAGGAAGAAUUUAGGAUUGGGUUGAGAAGUGGUCUGAUUCUGUGCAAUGUCCUUAAUAAAGUUCAACCUGGAGCUGUGCCAAAAGUUGUGGAAAGUCCUUGUGAUGCUGCUCUUAUACCUGACGGAGCAGCUUUAUCAGCAUAUCAGUAUUUUGAAAACGUGAGAAAUUUUCUUGUAGCUGUGCAAGAGAUGGGGCUUCCUACUUUUGAGGCAUCUGAUCUUGAACAAGGAGGAAAAUCUGCAAGGGUUGUUAAUUGUGUUCUAGCACUUAAAUCCUAUAGCGACUGGAAACAGACAGGUGGAAAUGGAGUAUGGAAAUUUGGGGGAAACUUAAAACCUGCAACAUCUGGAAAGGCUUUUGUGCGGAAGAAUUCAGAUCCAUUCACAGGUUCUUUGUCAAGGAAUUUGUCAAUGAGUGAAAAAUCUCUGAAUGCUAUAUCCCCUGACAUUGACUCGAAUAACAAGUGUAGUUCUUCUUUGAGCAUGCUUGUUCGUGCAAUUCUCUUAGAUAAGAAGCCUGAUGAAGUUCCAACGCUGGUAGAGUCUGUUCUAUCUAAGGUCGUGGAAGAGUUCGAGCAUCGCAUUGCAAGCCAACCUGAUUUGAAGAAAACAAAUUCAAACGAUGCGGUAGUGUCUCAAGGCAACAAAUCUCUCCUGAAACAGGGUUCUGAUGUCAAGAUGGAAGAGAAAAAGUUUGUGCGACAGAAGAAAGAGGAAUGCCUUCAUAAAAAUUACAUCUCUGAUGAGGAAUCCAAGAGACAGUUGCUGAAACAGCAGAUGAUAUUUGAACAACAGAACAAAGAGAUUACAGAGCUGAAACAAACUCUGGAUGCUACAAAAGCUGGUAUGCAGUUCAUGCAAAUGAAGUUCCAUGAGGACGUAUACAACAUUGGUGGGCACAUUCAUGGCCUUGCCCAUGCUGCUUCUGGAUAUCACAAAGUUCUCGAGGAGAACCGAAAGCUGUAUAAUCAAGUUCAGGACCUUAAGGGAAGUAUAAGGGUAUAUUGUCGAGUUAGACCCUUCUUGGGUGCACAAUCAAACUACUUAAGCACCGUGGAUCAUAUAGAAGAAGGAACAAUUACUAUUGCUGCACCGUCAAGGCAUGGAAAAGGACGUAGGUCUUUCAACUUCAAUAAAGUUUUCGGGCCUUCCGCAACUCAAGCGGAGGUCUUUGCUGAUACUCAACCACUAAUUCGAUCUGUUCUUGAUGGGUACAAUGUGUGUAUAUUUGCAUAUGGCCAAACUGGAUCUGGAAAAACUUACACAAUGUCUGGACCUAUGGAUCUUACCGAGCAGAGUCAAGGUGUAAAUUACAGGGCAUUGGGUGAUUUGUUUCUUCUCGCAGGACAAAGAAAGAACACCUUCCGCUAUGAAGUUUCUGUUCAGAUGAUUGAGAUAUAUAAUGAGCAAGUGAGAGAUCUCCUUGUUACUGAUGGCCUUAACAAACGAUUAGAAAUCCGCAAUACUUCUCAGACAGGACUAAACGUACCAGAUGCCAGCCUUGUUCGAGUGACAUCAACAUCUGAUGUUAUUGAUUUGAUGAACUUGGGACAAAGGAAUCGUGCAGUAGGUGCAACAGCCCUCAACGAACGUAGUAGCCGCUCUCAUAGUUGUUUGACCGUUCAUGUUCAAGGAAAGGACUUGACCUCUGGAACUAUUCUUCGUGGGUGCAUGCAUUUAGUAGAUCUGGCUGGAAGCGAGAGGGUAGACAAAUCUGAAGUGACAGGAGAUAGACUAAAAGAGGCACAACACAUAAAUAAAUCCCUUUCUGCUUUGGGUGAUGUGAUCUCUUCCCUUGCCCAAAAGAAUUCGCAUGUACCUUACAGGAAUAGCAAACUCACACAAUUGCUCCAAGACUCACUUGGGGGGCAGGCCAAGACACUGAUGUUUGUUCACAUAAGCCCCGAGCUUGAUGCUAUUGGAGAAACCAUAAGUACCCUCAAAUUUGCUGAGCGAGUAGCCACUGUUGAACUUGGUGCCGCCCAAGUAAACAAAGACAGUGCAGAUGUUAGAGAGCUCAAAGAGCAGAUUGCUAAUCUUAAAGCAGCCUUGGCAAGGAAAGAAGGGCAGUUGGAGCCCAUGCAUCAAAAAGUAUCCGGUAGCCCAUGUGCUAUGAUGUCCUCACCUUAUCAUCCUAGCCCACGGAGCGGAGACACGCUGGCUGAUCAAAAAAGCCACAGGAAACCAAUGGGGGAUGUAGGCAACCUCGAGGUCCGGAACAAAUCAGCUUUGAGGCAAAAGAGGCAAAGUUUUGAUCUUGAUGAGCUAUUGGGAAAUUCACCUCCCUGGCCUCCAAUCAGUAGCCCGGGUCAAAAUUAUGGGGAGGAAGAGAAAGAAAUAGGUUCAGGUGAAUGGGUAGACAAGGUUAUGGUGAACAAGCAAGAUACCUUACACGGAGGUCACAACCCCUUGGGACACUGGGAAGCAGAAAAUAGACAAAUGUCCGAUGUAUUUUACCAGAAAUAUCUCUCAGAUUCUUCCAAAAUAUACACGGAACCAUCCUUUAACAUAUUUGCAGGAAGCAACCAGUUUGACAUUGCUACCACCGAUGAUCUGGAUGAGCUUGAUGCUGGCACUAGCGACUCGUCAGAACCUGAUUUGCUUUGGCAGUUUAAUCAUGCUAAACUUAGCAACUUAACCAACGGAAUUGGCUCAAAGAUUCAGAAACCAAAUUCAAAGGCUGCAAAGAGCCCAGAACUAAGCAGGAACAUGAUCUCGAAGUUAGGCCCCUCACAGUUACAGAAACUGGGUACUCAGAGGAGUGGGAGGCAGCCAAUUUCUGCUGAAGCUAAACGAAGAACUGGGAAUAGAAAGUAGAAGAAACAAGUUUUACAAAUUCUUUUGAUUUUUUUUUAAAUUUGUUAUAUGUGAGGGUGAGUGUGUGUGAGUGAGGGGUCUGAGGUUUUAUGAUUUUUUUUUUCCCCUUCUUUUCUAAUGUUAUUUUUGGUUACAUAUGUGUAUAUGUCAAUGCAGCAAUAAUUCCGGUUGCUUGUAUCUGUUAUUAUGUUAAGAGAAGUGCUUUUAACUGCUUGGAUUCCACAAAUACUAUUCAUACAUUUGAAGAGUUUAUUA